AUGAAAUUCACAGCAGUCAUCACUAUAAUUCUCAGCGUUGCGCUUGCGCUUCCAAACCCAGAAGAGGCAGCAUUUGAUUUACAAGCACGGAUUGAAAGAAGUAAAGAUGAAAGCACAGCACCAAGACCCUUUGGUGGUCUCAUAAACAUAUUUUAA